AUGGUCCACGGCCUCCUCCCCAAGCCUCUCCCCGCCGAUAUCCUGGUCGUUGGACAGCUCCUCACACACCCCCUCCACCCCGAACGCGACUCCUUCUACCCCGACAAAGCCCACGCCGAAGUCGACGACCUCAAUGACUACCACAUCCAAUUCCGCUACAAGGACCUCUUCUCCACCGACACCGAGGGCCGCUUCAUGACCAACUACGGCGCCAAAUUCGACCUGGGCAAAAUCUACCGCCAGCCCAACCUCCUCACCGUCCGCGCCGAACAAAUGGUCCAACGAACCAGCCAACACCCCUCGCAAGCCUUUGAAGCCGUCUGCAACGACCCCGAAGCCCGCGCCUGGAUCCUCGACCAACUCAAAGCCAACAAGCCCCUCUACAUCGUCCUCGGCCUCACCGAGCUCAAAAACGCUACCUUUAAGCGCGCAAGGCUCCAGGACGCAGGCGCCUCCAAGAGACUCGCCGAAUCCCCCAUCUCCCGCGACACAAAGGUGCCCACCUCGCUUCGUCCCUCCACCCUCGGCGGCCUGGGCACCGAACCCAGCAUCUCUGCCAUCUUCGGCAUCGACGUCCGCCACGUCCGCGCCCGCAUCACCACCCCCGCUGAACCCCACUCCCUCGACGACAUUGGCUACCGCUGGUCCUACUACGAUGUCCCCGGCAGCACAAACAAGGAGCAAUUGAUGGUUGGUUUGGGCGACUCCCUCAAGGCGAAUGAGCUCCGUCUGAUGCUGGAUUUGAGCGAGGAGGAGGCCCAGGGCAAUCUCGAUGCCAUUAGUAAACUGAGUCUGGAUGCCUUGUCUGCGGCCGCGAGUCCCAUGCUGAGGCCUAGUGAGCCGGCGCUUAGGGGCAGGAGUCCGUCGCCGCAUCCGCAGAUGUUGAGGGGGUUGAAGUAG